AUGAUACAAAAAUACAAAGGAAAAUCGCUGGGAACGCUGCCUCCGCAUAUAUUUGCUACUGCUGACAAGGCUUAUCGGGAUAUGAUGCGUAACGGCGAAUCACAAUCAAUUGUCAUUUCUGGAGAAUCAGGAGCCGGUAAAACAGAGUCCCAGAAGCACAUUCUGCGCUUUUUAUGCGAAUCCUGGGGCAAAUCGCUUGGUACUAUUGAGCAAAGUAUUUUGGAAAUAAGCACAAUUUUGGAAUCAUUUGGAAAUGCAAAAACAGCGCGUAAUAAUAAUAGCAGCCGAUUUGGAAAAUUCAUCGAAAUACAUUUCGAUACAACGGUAAAUUUGUUGCUAGAUUACCUCAAUAAGGGCUGUACCCAAUUUUUCCUCAGCAGCGACAAUGUGCUCAAGAUAUUACCGGAAAGAAAGUCACAUGAAUCGGCAUAUUUAGUGGACGAUGUGGUAGAGGACUAUAAUGAUUUUCAAAAGUUGCUGCAAGCAUUCAAUCACAUCCGUGUCUCAGAUGAUGAACGAAAUGCGAUGUUUGAAGCUGUUGCUGCUGUUUUGCACCUUGGCAAUAUUAAAUUUGUUGAUGAAAUGAUCGGUUUUAAAAGUGGUUGCACCUUGCAGUCAGGAAGUGCCGAGCAUCUGCGUAAUGCUGCUGAGUUACUGGGACUCGACGAAGCGGACCUGCGCAAUCAUUUGCUCACUCGACUAAUGCAACCGAACAGAAGUGGAGCAAAGGGAACACUUUAUGUGUUAGUUGUAACAAUGCAUCCUUUUAUUCUGUUGUUAAAAAUAUGUGAAAACCAAUAUCAUUGA